GGUAUGGUAGUUAUGGAAAGUGAUGAGCGCCUCAAUGAAAAACGUUUGAAGAGGAGAACUGAACUGAGACUGCGCAUCUUAGCUGCGAGACACAAGAAACUACAACUGCAGAAAUGGAAAAUUACUGAGAAACUCCCAAUUGAACAGAAACUCAAGGCUGCGGAUCUGAAGAGCUUUGGGAUCUAUUAUGAAAAAGUUUUCAAAAAAGAUUUGGUUGAUAAAUUAUCAUCCGGUCGAAAACGAAGGUCAGCCGACGUCGAAGAUGCUGGUCCUCCCAAGAAGGCCUUGAAAUUAUCUGACGAUGAAGCGUCAAUUACUGCAUCCAGUGACGUCAAAGUCAAGUUGGAACCAUCCAAACCUGAGGAGGUUGCUUGUCCACCAUGCCAAUCAUCCUCAGACAGCCAGAGCGCCAGUCUUCCUUCCACAGAUAAAAUAGAUCCGCUGGCAGAAAAGAUCAAAGAGCAGGAGUGGAUUGUUAAUGAAGGAGUGUUCAAGUACCCAAGGGUUCCUUCAUCAGUCUCCUCAAAUGACGUCACGCCUGCAUCUGUAUCACCCUACAAGUCAAGUGAGGCCAAACAGCCUGGACAGUCUAUUGCGAUUAACAAGAAUACCCUUCCUGCUUUGCAUAUCAAAGAGGAACCAAGCGAUUCAGAUGAAGGUUUCAUAACACAGCCAGUGUGCGACAAACCUACAGAGAAACAAAAAGAAUCAUUAACAAAUAUUGGAGAAGCGUGCAAAAAUUUAAGCUCAAAUAAAGCUUUAGUUCCAAGUAUUAGUAUGAACAAAGCGCCACUCCAAGUUUCGAAGAGUAGUCCAAAUGUACCUCAUGCAACGUUGAAUCCGAGUUCUAAUUCGAAACCGAUCAAAUCGGAGAGUGUAUCACAUGAGAGUAUCGUGAAAUCAUCGGUUGUUACAUCAUCGAUAACAACCGACCAAUCAGUGGUGGAGAGGGUGAACGAGUUGAAGAUGUCGGGUAUGUUGUACUCGAAGAGGCUUCCGAAGGUGAUGGAACCGAGGAGGUGUAAGACCCACUGGGAUUACUUACUUAGCGAAAUGAUUUGGAUGCACACUGAUUUCUACCAAGAGCAUCUUUGGAAGCUAAAUGCAGCUCGAGUUCUAGCAGAGGCGUGUCGUAAGUUUCUCAUAGUCGCUCAAGACCCUUCUGCCAGUCACCCGUCUUCACAUUUCGUGCUACCUCGAGACUUCAUUCUCAGACGGAAAACAUGUCGAUCUGUAGCGUCAGUAAUCAGUUCUUUUUGGUCGGACGCUUCAAAAGUUCUGGAUAUCAAAUUGAAUUUACUGGAACAGGAAAACGAAAGACGACUCGCUAAGGUAGAGUCAGAUAUGGACGCGGUAGCAUGGAACAAGAAAUUAAAUAGCUCGUUCUCGCCUGUAGCUGCUCACAAUAGUUUGUUCUCUUCUGAUAAAACUCUCAAUAAACUAAAUACAGAUAGUCUGAAUGAAGACAUAUUUGUAGUUGCGACUCAGUUAAGCGCUGAUUCGGACAACUCUCAUAUAAGUUUGGGUCUCGAUUCAGCUGAAAUGGAAAAGGAGGUGGGUCACAUUAUGCGAAUGGACGAUAUCUUCAAUGAGUCCUUUAUUGACGCGGGAAGUGAUAAGUUUUCCCUCGUGAACAAAUCACCAGGCACUUCAUCGGCCACUUCGCUUCCACCUGUCGGCUGGCACCCGACGCCUGGCGACCACGUUGCAAGCCUGGAGCUGAAAUUCUUAGCAGUUGAGAAAUAUGCGCUUAGUUUGAUAGAGUUAGUUUAUCACGGUGAAUUGUUGCCAUUGAAAGAUAUAAAUUAUGAAGCGGAUGAAGAUAUGUUAACAGUUCAAAGAUCGAUGGUCGAAGCUGAGUUUCGUUGCGUGACUGACAAUGAGCCUAUGUUGACGUAUUUUCCGCCAACUCCACCUAUGGAUGAAAAUGAUGUUUACAUUGACGAAUCUCUGUUGUACUUGUACAAACUGUCACCUAUGAAGGAAUCGCAGCUACCGCCUUUGCCGCCUUCAGCAUUGAAAAAAUCAGAAGACAAAAAGUCAUCGAAGGAUUCCUUGGCAGCAAUUCCUUCUUUCGGUGCCUCAAAUGAGAAAACUGUAAUAGCGACCCCGCCAUCUACACUAUUCAAUGCUUUUUCGCCAGUUUCGAACUCGGCCGCUAAGAGUAAGUCUGAACUUCUGGCAAGACGUUCACAAGGAGUAUCGAUUGCAAGACCGUUUUUAAAAUCACCAAAUUGUCCCUGUAAAGGAAAACCGGUGAUGCAAAGCAUGGUUAACUUGGAUGGGCUGUGUGAGUGGUUGCCGAAUGAAGAUUACGCACUCGUGAGUGCAAUACUCGGGGUGCAACAGUUGCCACCCGACUUGACCAAUGUGAUGCCGGCCAUUACUCCGAACUGGGACUUCGUAUCGGUCGCCGUGAACAAUCUGGCUAGAAGCUAUAGGUCAUCUAAGCAAUCCAAGGUGCGGUAUGAAAAGUACAUUAAACCACGAGAAGAAGGCAGAAUUAUAAGCACAGAAAUGAAACGCAAACAAAAACAGAAUUCUUCGAACCCGAACGACCCAAAAGCUCCUCCGGAAACUUGGAACAAACAAACAAAACUAGCCAAGACAAGUCAGCUUUUGAUGCAAGACAUGAAUAAUUCGGCUACGUAUGUUUUCGGAAGCAAGUUCAGUUUGAUCAGAACUGCAGUUAGUCGUCGUACGAGGCAGAAUCAUUCGGUUCAGUGGAAUGCAGUGCCGACAUCAAAGAAUCCGAGACAUCUGCAGUCGUUUUCGGACUGUAAAAUAAACUACGAUAGUCCUUUGACGCCCCAAUACCUGUCGGAACAACGAGCGAUUAGAUUGAAGUCGGAAAAGCGAUCCCAAAACUCGGCUGGUAUUGGUUCGAGUAAACUAGUGGAUAAUUUGUUCACGGGUAGCCAGUACACCGGCAGUGGAUUGAAGAGAUCACAGUCGACAAUUAUUGCGCCGAGAACAGGAGGGCAGUCAUCGUCUUCGCCUUCUAUUAAUAUUCCAGCUGCACUUUGCAGGCAGUAUUCAGCAACGGCCGCGCAGAGAAAGAUGCCAGUACAAAGCGGCGUUUCAAUCAACUCCGUGAACCAACAAAGAAACACAAUCAGUUAUGUAAGCCAAAGUCAAAACCACCAACAAACUGGCUCAAUACGAGUCGUGCAAACCGGCGAAACAUCAUCGGUGGCUCAGAAAGUGACGGCCGAUUACCAGAGAAUGAUUCUUUCAAACAAACAGCGCGAUUCGUUUUUGGGUGCAGCAAAUCCAAAUCAGUCUUCAGCAGGUCAAAAACAGAGAAUAGGCCAGCUGAUCCAGCAUCAGGGCUCAGGUGGAGUACAACAACAGUCGGGGUCUAACUUGAGUUCCCCUGUAGUUUACAAUAUAGCGGGCAAGGGGGCAACAGGGCGGGUGAGUUUGGGGGAGGGACAAGACGGGGUGUCGAGUGUGGUCUCAGUGGGUGGAGGUGUGAGAGGAGUUGGAGGAACUUCGAAUGCCGGACAGAUUGCUGCUAAGUUUGGUUACAUUCAGCCAACUGGCCGAGCAUCCUUAGCCGCUCAAUUAACAGCCCAAUCAGGUGGCAAUCUAUCCCCCUCACCAAACCACAUCCAGAUGAAGUCUAUAGUCUCUUCGUCAUCUUCGCCGAGUGCUAUAUCUGCACAAUAUGGAAACAUACAGCAGACAUCUUCAGGUGGCAUUGGAAGUAACAUGGGAACAGCAGCAACUGCAAGAUAUGCUACAGUUGUACAGCGAGGAAACAAUAGUUCUCAAGGUGUUCAAAAUAUUUCCCAGAGUGUAGCAGCUCAAAUCUACUCGGGAACAGCAGCAGCAGGACGGAUUCAUACGACCGGAAAUUUAUCCACUGCAGCUCAGCUACUAGGUCGACAGGCUAUUCGAAAAACAACUCCUAAUAACUCAAUGGGUCAAAGCGCAGGAUUCGGUGGCAAUAAUUUGGCAAGUCCGAGAAAUUCACCAAUUGUGGUUCCAGCUACUAAUCAAGUGACGUCUCAGUUACAGUUUAGUUCGAAACAACAGCAUCAAUCGGUGGCAUCGUCAUUUCUACCCGCUUCAUCUGUCUUCGACACCUCAAAUAAUUCACCCAGUUUAACUGGCUCAUCAGUCCCUCCUGUCUCGCAAAUACAGCCAGCGAACACAAGUGCCGCCAAUCUGACAUCAAACUCAAGAAGAUCUGCGUUUGUUCAACCAUUACCGUCAGUUACGACGCCUGUGAAUAACAGUAAUAGCAACAGAGGAUUAGCUCAUCAGAAUAAGAAGUAAUUGUUAGUUUUUUCAGUGCAAUUCGAGAAGGUCCGAAGAAAAUAUUCAAAUCUUUAUAAUGCCAAUGAAACUAUAUUUUGAGAAAGAUGCACUUUAUUUGUUAAAAACUCAAAUUGCAGCUCAAUGAACUCUUUGCUGUUUUAAUCUUCAAAUUUUCACUUUCGUUUUUCGCACUUAGAUUUGUUUAUGAUAUAUAUUGAUUGAGUUUUAUUUAGUUCGUAUAUUUUACUCUAGAGCAAUUUAGCCAAU